AUGGACCUUCUCAAGAUAUGGCAGCCCGCUAUAGAAUCAACGGAAAUUGGGCAUGGAAUCUUCAGACUCAGAGAUUCUCGUACACAAGAGAAUUGGCUUGGACUCAAUGGAAGCGUACGUGGAUUCACAGGAUCUCUUUGGUGGAAUGAGGAAAUUGAUUGUGUUUUAUGUAUUCUUGCGAAUGUGGGAACUAUGCAUGUUGGAAAAGUUUCAUUGAUUGCGCUAUAA